UAUUCUUUCUGGCAAGUGGCACGUGACUUGAAGAGAUGGCGGCUGCCUUAGGUUCCAUAGAGAUGAAAGUCGUUCCUGUGUUGAGAGGAAUUUUCAGAGAAUUGAGGAGAGCUACUAAAAAAAAACCGUUAUCCCAAGAACCCGCAUAUUGCUAUUUAAUGGAGUUUACUCGCCGUCAUAAAGUCACCGAUCGACGAAUCUGCCGGGCCGAGAUGGAAUUAUGUUACAUGGCCUCUACAUACCAAAGUUAUUUGAGCAGCAUUAGGAAACAUCGGGAACUUCUCGAUCGUUAUCACAGUCGAGGCGAAAGGAGCGUAGAAGAGACUGCUUCGAUGGUGGGAUUAGGAUUGCCUCCCAAGGAAGACCCUCGCUAAUUUGGAUACAGUAGAAACUGCUCGUAACCAUUUCGAGAGGUUCAAGUGAUGGUAAACCGAUAAAAUUUAACAGUUGUGCAAAUGUUUACCAAUAUACGAUGAUAAAUUUGAAGUUAAUUUACACGUUACUUAAAUACAAAAUUAUUUAAAUUUAUUGUCCGUCAUUAAUUUGGAACGUAUUGUUAAUAAAAUUCUUGCUUAUGUCAAAUGAAUUUGCCUGAUUUUGUGCUCCGUACCAUUUCAAAAUCUACCAAUUUUACAGUUUCGUAUAUUCCGGAUGGUGGUAUGACAGUUUCUGCAAAGAAUUUUAAUAUUGUUGUUUGUGUGCUGGUUUUCUAAUACGUUAACGCUUCGGAUAUUGUGUGUGUUUAUACUUGAAAUAGUUAAAAUUUCAAUAUUUGAGAACAUGCACAAAUGAUAAAAUGACGGUGAUAACCGAAUUUCUGACUAUGAGAAAUGAUUGUAUUCGCUCUGUGCUUUUAUAGAAUCGAUCAAGAUCUAAUAACCAACAAUGCAAGAAAUUGUUGUCAGUGACUGCACAGCUCAGGUCAUUUGAUCAUUCUUCCAUCUGGCAUACUGUAUAAUUCUUUUUCUGACUGCUUAAUCUGUUCUAUUUUAUGAGGAUUCUUUCCAGAAAUGGGCUCAGUGUGUACAGAUUGUGGUUACUGUGUACCAGGCAAUCAAAUGAAAGUAGAACCCGUGAAAAGUGGCACAAGGAGUUUAGUAACACCACGAGUCGGUGGCAGCUAUGACCAACAUAGCUCUGUCACGGCAUUCCAAACUCUGGCUGCAUUUAUAUAAAUAUUUGAUUUUAUAACACAGAACAAUGAUGCAAUAGACAAUGUUUUAUAAAAUUGCAGUGUAUUUUGGUCUUGCUUUGCUUUGCUUUGCUUACUAAUAUUUCAGAUUGUAUAGAGAAGUCGAGACGUGACUUAAAUUUCUUCCAGGGAUAUUGGAUGUAAAUUGGUUUCUCGGUUUUAGUUUCUGGAUUUCAGUAUUUGAUAAUUUUUAGUUAUAACUUUGAAGAAAUGCAUACUUGAUGGCUACUGUGUGCCACUCUCUGUAGAUGAAUUAUUAUAGUUUUAGCUGACUCAGAGUAUUGCUUAUUGUAAGGGUCGAAUAUUCAAAAUACCGUGUAAAAAUGGAUGAAUGACUUAGAAAAACAAAUUGCAAAUAUACAAUCUCUGGCAGGAUUUUUAAUUGGUCUCAACAUCUGUCUUCUUUCGGCUGUCCAAGAGAAUAUAUAUAAAAGGUAUAGUCUUAAUACUCUAAUGCCUGGUUAGAUGGGGUUCGAGUGCUUAGUAAAAAUUAAUGACAAUCAAAAUACACAGAUCGAUUUAUGUAAUUAUUUUGUUUUGUAAUUUACAUUGUGCUAUAUUUUUUAGUAAUAAAAUUAUUAUACCUACCUUCAAAAGCAGAAUGGAGAUUCUGCAGUGCACUGUGCAUCUUUAGAUUUAUAAUAGACCAAAACCUUUGUAACAAUACACAUUAUUGUUAUAAUAUCAAAUACACAAACUUA